AUGAGUGGUUAAGCGUGUGAUCCUGAUAAGGGAUGCUGGCUAUUGAGUGAUUGUGAAUGGAAUGAACUCAGCUUUACAUGUGUUCAUGAUCCUAUUUUGGAAUUGACACCAUACACGGGUUUUGUUUAUUCCUUGAUUCCAAUAUUUCUUGGAAUCGGAAUAUUGGGAGGGUUAGGCAGUGGAAUGGUCAAAAGGCCUAUUUUAAAUCUCCUAUUAAAUUAUCCAUCUAACAUUGCAACUCAAGUCGGAGAUAGCUUUCUAUUCACAACCACAUCUCUGAAUUUAUUCUUUUUGUUUUUUGAAAAACAUCCGGAUAUCCCAGAAUUGCCACUUGUUAACUUCGACAUCUGCGUAAUAUUCAAUCAAGCCAUCCCUUUAGCCUGGAGUCUCGGAGCUCUCCUUUCGUAACUUUUCCCUUAACUUGCUAUAUAUCUCAUUUAAUUAUGCUUUUUGAUAGGAGCAACUCCAUUCCUGUGGAAAUUCACAUUUAGAUAAAGACAACUAGAACAAGAUAAGAGAAACAACAAGGUUUUUGUAUCAGAGAAAAUCAAAACGAGGGAAGAAAUGGCAAAGGAAACAGAUUUGGAUGAAAAGUUGUUAAAUAAGUACGAGGAAUUUUAUGUGAAUGACCAUAAUAAAAUUUAAAUUAAGAACAUUUGCUUUGUUAUUGGAUCCUUCAUAAUUAAUUAAACAAUAAUCUUAAUGAGAUCAAAUAAUUAUAAUAAUUCCAUCAUUGGGCUAGACCCGUGCUCAGUGGAGAACAAUUUGAUUAUCUUGGUCUUACUUGGCGCAAAUUUUAUCUACACAUCCUUGAUUUAUUGGAAUAAAAGAAAUGAAGAAUAUUAUAAAGACUUGGUCUAAUACAGGCCAAAGCAUAGAUUUUUCACACCCAGAAAAAUAUUUUGGCAAUAUUACUUCGCAGGUUGGUUGGCUGGUUUUAGUACAGGGAUUAUAGGAAUGGGAGGUGGUAUCAUUCCCGUAGCAUUUUUAUUAAAUAACAAAAUAAUUGCAAGAGAGGCUGCUGCAACUGCUGCUUUCGGAUCUUUUAUGAUCUCACUUAAUAGUUUACUAUAGUUAUUUUUGUAAAAAACAAUAACAAAUGAAUAGUUGUUAACUUUUAUUGGUUUAGGGAUUAUAGGGUUGCUAGUAUUCACUAAACCUGCUUAUAUGUUAAUGAAUAAGUAUAAAGUAGGAUUCGUAGUAUUAAUUGUUGAUAUAAUUCAAGUUGCAAACAAUAUAAUAUCUAUUGUGGCCUUAAUUAUAAUCAACUCUGUUCUUUUUGGGUUUGAUAAAUUAUUGGUAUAUCAUUCCCACUGUUGA